CGCAGCGUGUAAAAAAACUUCCCUUCCUGGCAGCGACCCAAAGCUGCUUGGCGAGGGGCUGCUGCAAGGUGACAGGCAAGUGGCGGACAGCUGUGUAAGCGGGCGGUGAGGGGAGCUCUCAACUUUUUCUGCCGGUCGCGACCGCAAAAAGAUGGCCCGGCCAGGCAGCUUUGGCCUUGUGUGGUGCAGUGUUGACUGCCAGAGCCUGGUCCCCAUAGCUGCCCCUCCUCCCCACGGCGACCCAUAAUACCUAGUACCAACUACGGAUAUCUCCUGAAUCUUGGGCCACCGCAACUUCAAGUCGAGGCCAAACUAGGUACCUUAUAGACCAGAUAUAACCAAUCUUGAAUCAGUGCCAUGGCUUCCUUCAGUCCCACCCAAAUCUUCGAGGAGGGCACCACACAGGAGAAGGGUGAGAAUGCCCGUCUCAGCGCCUUCGUUGGCGCCAUCGCCGUCGGUGAUCUGGUGAAGAGCACACUUGGCCCCAAGGGCAUGGACAAGAUUCUACAGUCUGCCUCGACCGCCGAGAUCAUGGUGACAAACGACGGUGCCACCAUCCUCAAGUCCAUCUCCCUCGACAACGCCGCCGCCAAGGUCCUCGUAAACAUCUCCAAGGUUCAAGAUGACGAAGUCGGUGACGGUACCACCUCGGUCACCGUCCUCGCCGCUGAGCUGCUUCGCGAAGCCGAGAAGCUGGUCGACAAGAAGAUCCACCCCCAGACCAUCAUCGAAGGGUACCGGAUAGCCAGCCAGGCCGCCCUGAAGGCUCUCGAGGCCUCUGCGGUCGACCACAGCAACAACCCCCAAGCGUUCAGAGAAGACCUCCUCGCCAUCGCGCGGACGACGCUGAGCUCCAAGGUGCUCGCCCAAGACAGGGAUCACUUCUCCAAGCUCGCGGUCGAUGCCAUCAUGAGACUCAAGGGUUCUUCCGACCUCAGCCACAUUCAAAUCAUCAAGAAGGCCGGCGGCAAGCUCUGCGAGUCAUACCUGGACGAGGGUUUCAUCCUGGACAAGAAGAUUGGCGUCAACCAGCCCAAGCGCCUCGAAAACGCAAAGAUCCUCGUCGCCAACACGUCGAUGGACACGGACAAGGUCAAGAUCUUCGGCGCGCGCCUCAAGGUCAGCUCGACCGCCAAGCUGGCCGAUUUGGAAAAGGCCGAGAAGGAAAAGAUGAAGGCCAAGGUGGAGAAGAUCAAGGCGCACGGGAUCAACUGCUUCAUCAACAGGCAGCUCAUCUACAACUGGCCCGAGCAGCUUUUUACGGAUGCCGGCAUCAUGUCGAUCGAGCACGCCGACUUUGACGGCAUUGAGCGGUUAGCUCUCGUGACGGGCGGCGAGAUCACCUCGACGUUUGACCACCCGGAAUCCGUCAAGCUCGGCCACUGCGACUUGAUUGAGGAGGUGAUUAUUGGUGAGGAUACCCUGAUCAAGUUCUCGGGCGUGGCUGCUGGACAGGCGUGCACGAUUGUGCUCCGCGGUGCGACAGAUCAGCUGCUCGACGAGGCCGAGCGCAGUUUGCACGACGCGCUCGCUGUUCUUUCCCAGACUGUCAAGGAGCCCCGGACGACGCUUGGUGGCGGUUGUGCCGAGAUGGUGAUGGCCAAGGCUGUGGAGGGGGCUGCUACCCGGGUUGAGGGCAAGAAGCAGAUGGCUGUUUCUUCCUUUGCUGUCGCUCUCAGACAGCUGCCUACUAUUCUGGCAGACAAUGCCGGUCUUGAUUCCGGGGAGCUGGUUGCUCGCUUGCGCAAGGCUAUAUAUGAUGGCUUGACCACGUAUGGUCUUGACCUGAUGACGCCUGGUGGCGGCAUCACGGACAUGCGGGAGCUUGGUGUUAUUGAGAGCUACAAGCUGAAAAAGGCAGUGGUUUCUUCGGCUAGUGAGGCGGCCGAGCUCCUGCUCCGUGUGGAUGACAUAAUAAGGGCGGCCCCCAGAAGGCGUGAGAGACAUUGAAGCGUGAUGUGCUGGACGGUAGCAUUAGCAUGAGCGGGCCAGGCCUGUAUUAUAUCACCCUUUUAGACGGCCUGAAUGAAAAAAGAAUAUCGACAUCAUCUGUCAUGUCACCACCGAUACCCAAGAAGAUAGCGUCAAACGAUGGUGUGUUAUUACUAUGCAAUCUUACACAUCCCAAACAACCUCCAAGACCUCAUCCACAGGCUUCUUAUCCUCCCCCCUUGGUGCGCGGUAAAUGUACAACUGUCUGAACUGCUUCUUUCUCUUCCCUUCCCCAGUCCAGUAGGCAUCCACAAGCAACCACUGCUUUUUUUGUCCCUCUCCGAGCCUUGGUCGCAAGGGGCCAUAGGCUUCGUCGUAGUCGCCCGAGGAGGCGUACUGCCAUGUUGCUUCGACUUUUUGGACAUCGGGGAAGGAGCCGGGAGGGAACUCGGUGUAGGAGUAGCCGUUUACCCAGAGACCCACGGUGGUGGUGGAGGAGGACGAGGUGAGGGAGGUGAUGGCAGACAUUUGGGGGAUUGGGGCGUGGAACCAGGUUUUGUAGUGGUGGAGGCUUAGGAGGGGGGGGGGGGGUUGUCUCUAGGGCGGAGGUCGGGUGUGGGGAGGUGUUUGGGAUGGGGGUUAGAGGGGGUGGUCCCAUUUUCCAGUCCCCCUCCCCCCGCCAGCACCACCGCCUCUGUCCUCCCUCUUCUCUCCCCCCCUCCACCUUCCGGUACCUCUACCACCACCAGCACCACCGCCUCUCUCCUCCCGGCGG